CCGGCCAAGGAGCCGCCGAACGAGCCGGCCAGGCAGCCGGACAGCAGGCCUCGCGAGCUCCGGAGCAACUCUCUUCUUGGGCUCCGUCGGAGGGGCGCCGCCGCCGAGCCCCGCGCAUGGAGAAGCGGGGGAAGCGGGUGGACUGCCCGGCGCUGCCUCCCGGGUGGAAGAAGGAGGAGGUCAUCCGGAAAUCGGGGCUCAGCGCCGGCAAGAGCGAUGUCUACUAUUUCAGUCCGAGUGGGAAGAAAUUCCGAAGCAAGCCCCAGUUGUCGAGAUACUUGGGGAACACUGUUGACCUCAGCAGUUUUGACUUCAGGACAGGGAAGAUGAUGCCUAGUAAAUUACAGAAGAACAAGCAGAGGUUAAGGAACGAUUCCCUCAGUCAAAACAAGGGCAAACCAGAUUUAAACACAACACUGCCAAUCAGACAAACGGCGUCUAUUUUUAAACAGCCGGUCACCAAAGUUACCAACCAUCCUAGCAACAAAGUGAAGUCCGAUCCACAGCGAGUGAUUGAACAGCCCAGACAGCUUUUCUGGGAGAAGAGGCUGCAAGGCUUGAGCGCAUCAGAUGUGAGCGAGCAGAUCAUAAAAUCCAUGGAGCUGCCAAAAGGCCUUCAAGGGGUUGGCCCGGGGAACAACGAUGACACCCUCCUGUCUGCCGUCGCCAGCGCACUGCACACGAGUUCUGCCCCCAUCACAGGACAGCUCUCUGCCGCCGUUGAGAAGAACCCAGCCGUGUGGCUGAACACCUCCCAGCCUCUCUGCAAAGCCUUCAUCGUCACAGACGAGGACAUUAGGUAACAAGAAGAGCGAGUACAGCAGGUACGGAAAAAGCUGGAGGAGGCGCUAAUGGCAGACAUCUUGUCGCGAGCUGCAGAUACAGCUGACUUGGACGAGGUUGAGAUGGACGAUGGCGAAGAAGCAUAAGAGGCAAAAGCAUCAGGUACUUAAAACAGAAUGAUCCCCAGAAGAAAUUCCUGGAAGCUGAAGGCGCUUUUGUUUUGUUUUGUUUUCCAUUGGUCUUUUAUGAAAAGAAGAAAAGGACCUGUGCACAUUUAUAUAGCUUUCUAAUAGCAUUAAAAACCAAUGCCUUUUUUGGGCUCUUUUUUAUGUAUAUAUCUUGGGGGGGGGGGGAGGAGGAAACAGAGAGACCAAGAAAGAAAAAGGAAAACCCACUUUUUAAAAGUUUGUGUCUUAACGACUUCAAAAGUCUUGUUUUUUAUUUUUAUUUUUUUGUUACGUCAGACAAUUCCCUAAACUCAAAGCUGAGCUUUCAACGCUAGGCUGCAAUCUGGAACUGUAUGACUAGCACUAAAUAUUUAGGGUUUUUCCCCCUUCUUCUCUCUCUCGCUCUUCCUUUCGUGUGGAUGUAUGUGUGCUGGUAACAAUGGAUCAGGCAAACGGAAUGUUCGCUCCCGAUUUAAAAAGAAAGAAAGAAGUCUAUUGUGACAUGUGUUGUACAUAUAUUGUAUAAAAGAUUUUUUUUAUAUACCGGAGUUGAGUGGAAACAUCUGUAAAUUGACCCAUCGCCACCCCUUCUCUAAAAGAGAAAUAAAUAACUAUAUUCGGAGCAACUAAAUUUGUAGACUGUGAUGCGCUAUAAUUAAGUGGAAAUUAUAGGCAUCCGUGCCCAGAUCGCCAGAUGGAUCGGUGGGCAGAGAAAUAAGGGCGUUAAGUGAGUGGACUGUAUCCAAGACACCCGGGUUCAAGUCGCUGACUUUGAUUUGCACUUCUUAAGGGCCCAAAUGGGGAUUUGGCAUCCCCAGCCGAGGCAACUAUCCUAAGUUCAGCGGGAACUGGAUGAGCACUGUGAUGCGAGUAUGAAUGCACACACCUGCCGAGUGUGUGCGGAUCAGCCUCAGUUCUCCAUUUGUGAAAUGGGAAUGAGUGACCUACCUCACAGGGUUGUUGUGAGGAUGAACCUAAUAAAGAUUGUAAAGCACUUUUCAAAUGAAA